ACAACAGCCUUUUACGGAGCCAAUCAAGAAAGUUUUCUUCAUUUUUCGUUUCUCCCCAUCCUAUUCUAGUAUUUCAUAGGACUCGACUUCUUUUCUUUCUUAAUACUGUACAAUAUCCAUAUCAUAUUACCUAUGAGCCAUCCUCGGAAUGCAAAGUUCAAAAUCCAUGGCUACUGAAGAUAACACUAGUCUUCGUGUUGCCUCAUUUUCUUGUUACCUUGACAGUACUGCUAAAGAAAACUUGGUGCAAAUCUCAGCUAAAGAUACUAAGAUGUUACCAUUUAGUACCCCUAGCCAAGAUAGCCUUGCAAGUCUCAGGGUGGACUCAUUUUCUUAUCUCAACGCCGCUGGAGAGAAUUUUGUUUUUAAGGUCCCAGGGCCAGUACAGGAUCCAGCUCCGGCUUUCAGUUUCCCUCAAGAGACACUAUGUCCAAUAAAUAUCGGAAGAACCAAGAGUAAAGACGGUGAAAUUGAUGUAUUUGGGGCUGACAAGUAUUUCAACGCGAAACUGGAUCGUAAGGUCAGAGAGGAGCCAACAGCAGGAUCGAGAAACCCAAGUGUUUGUUCUCAACAAAGCGGCACGAGCCAAAACGCAGUGCUGCAGAAUAGGCGCAGAAUUGAAUCUCAAACAAAGCAAAAAAAGCCAUUUGGGUGGAGAUUUUUUACUUAUCUUGUUUGCCAGGGACCUUGUUUCAAUAAGAAAUCUUUUCAUGUUAAUGAAAAUUUGGCGCCUGGAACAAUCUGUGAAUCAAAACCUACUCGAACUAGAUCAAAAAGGGUUGACCAUUUUGCAAUCCAGGUUCCCAAUUCCGAGGCAGAAAAUAUGAUAGUCGAGGAGGAAGAGUUGAAGGAACAAAAACCAGAUAAGCACCGGAGAUCACUUGAUGUGUUUGGCUCGUGCAGCUCGUCUAUAAAAGGAGACGUUGCAAGGAACCUGGAGAGGAAACUCUCCAUGUUAACUUGGGAUGCUAUCCCAAUAUCAGGCCAGAAUCUUACAAUUUGUACCCCUGGAAAUACUACAAUUUGUGAGGAUAUGGCUAGUGAUGCUAGUUCUGAUUUGUUCGAAAUUGAAAAUAUAUCAAGCACAGUUUAUUCGAAGUUAAAAGUUGAAUCUGAUCAAGAUCAUUUGUCGAGUGGUAUGAGUCUGUGUCCAACAAUGCAGUAUGCGCCAAGUGAGGCCAGUAUCGAGUGGAGUGUUGUCACAGCAAGUGCUGCAGAUUAUUCUUCAGUUAUCUCAGAUUAUGAUGAGAAAAAAGUUAGUCGUGCCACUUGAUUUGACUUGGCCUCACUCGACUGAUUAUGAAAUCUCCGUCCAAAAAGAAAAAGAAAAAGAACUUGAAUCUGUAUGCGCAGGUUUGAAACACUAUGGUGGCAAAAUAUUGAAAACGAUACAUCAGGAAAAUCAGAGGGCUAUAAUGAAAGAUAAUAAGCAAGAAAUUAUGCAUAUUGAUUUCCAUUCAUGAGAUUGAGGGGUUUGAUGAAUAAUGUUCAAGUCAGCAGAUUGUAUGAUUUCUUUCAUAAAUUUUUCUAUCCUCAUGGAGACUGUAUGAUAGCAAAUUGUUACAUGUUUUUUCUUAAUUAAUAAUGUUUUUGGU